GAGGCGCGGGCGGGCGGCGAGACCCGACUUUAGCUGUGACACCCGCGGCGAGCAGUGUCGGGUGCGCGGAGCGAGGCUCAGGACGCGCUCCGUCGUGUCUCGCGCCCGAGUUGGGCGCCGGACUUUGGCUGGAUCAACGCAGAGGCGACGCCGCAAGUCCUGGUCAGCUUCGGGGGCCGAAUUUCACCGCUGCUCCUGUCGCUCCUGAGCAGACACUGCCUGCCCCGGGAGAACGGCACUGAGUUUCCCCUGCAGAAGGAGCCGGGACGCGCGCGGCGAGCCCCAGGAACCGGGGGCCGACCCCAGCAGAUCGGCGGAGAGGUGGCUCAGCAAAAUUUUGAACACUAGCCAUGGAAGAUUUGAUGUUUGUCUGCAGCAACUUCCUCGACCCGUAAGUCCUGCAGCCUUCCAUUCUUGUGUGCUUUUAAAGGCUCCCAGGCUUCUCUAUCCAGAGUUGUUCUGUGUUGGUUGGCCAUGGGGAGCACCCUGGGCUGCCAUCGCUCUAUCCCUAGAGACCCCUCAGACCUGUCACAUAACCGUAAAUUCAGUGCUGCUUGCAACUUCAGCAACAUCCUGGUGAAUCAGGAGCGGCUAAACAUCAACACCGCCACUGAGGAGGAACUGAUGACCCUGCCUGGGGUGACACGCGCAGUGGCCAGAAGCAUCGUGGAGUACCGAGAAUAUAUCGGUGGCUACAAGAAGGUGGAGGAUCUAGCCCUGGUCAGCGGCGUAGGGGCCACCAAACUGGAACAGGUCAAGUUUGAAAUCUGUGUGAGCAGCAAGGGUAACUCCGCGCAGCACUCUCCCAGUUCCCUGAGGCGGGACCUGCUGGCUGAGCAGCAGUCUCAUCACCUGGCCACCACCGUGCCCCUCACUCCGCGAGUCAAUAUCAACACAGCCACCCUGGCUCAGCUCAUGAGUGUCCGAGGCCUCACGGAGAAGAUGGCUGUCAGCAUCGUGGACUACCGCCGUGAACACGGUCCUUUUCGCAGUGUGGAGGACCUGGUGAGGAUGGACGGAAUCAAUGCAGCCUUCCUGGACAGAAUCAGACACCAGGUGUUUGCAGAGAGGUCCAGGCCCCCAUCUACUCACACCAAUGGAGGUCUUACCUUUACCGCCAAGCCUCAUCCCAGUCCCACCUCUCUGAGCCUGCAGAGCGAGGACUUGGACCUGCCACCAGGGGGGCCCACACAGAUCAUCUCCAUGAGGCCUUCCGUGGAAGCCUUCGGAGGGAUGAGGGAUGGGCGGCCUGUGUUUAGGUUGGCCACCUGGAACUUGCAGGGCUGCUCUGUGGAGAAGGCCAACAACCCUGGCGUCAGAGAGGUGGUCUGCAUGACGCUUCUGGAAAACAGCAUCAAACUUCUAGCUGUGCAAGAGCUGCUUGACAAAGAGGCCCUGGAAAAGUUCUGUACAGAGCUAAACCAGCCGAUCCUGCCCAACAUCCGAAAGUGGAAGGGGUCCCGAGGAUGCUGGCGGUCUGUUAUUGCUGAGAAGCCUUCGAGUCAGCUCCAGAAGGGCCCCUGCUUCUCUGGAUUCCUGUGGGACACAGCAGCUGGUGUGGAACUGAGGGACAUCUCCGGGCAGGAGAACUCACCCAACAACGGUCAUGGGAAGGAUGUGGGUCCAAGCCCAUUCCUCGCGAGAUUCAAGGUGGGAAAUAACGACCUGACCCUGGUGAACCUUCAGCUGACAGCCCUGGCCCUCCCAGGAGCUGAGAAUUCAGGCAAGAAUCAAGGCGAUGGCCACCGGUUGUUGAACUUUGCUCUAACUCUGCAGGAAACUCUGAAAGGAGAAAAGGAUGUUGUUAUUUUAGGGGAUUUUGGCCAAGGGCCAGAUAGCAAUGACUACGAUAUCCUAAGGAGAGAAAAAUUCCACCACUUGGUCCCGGCUCACACCUUCACCAACAUCAGCACCAGGAAUCCCCAAGGCUCCAAAUCAGUGGACAACAUCUGGAUCAGCAAAAGCUUAAAGAAAGUGUUCACAGGUCACUGGGCUGUUGUGAGAGAGGGUCUCACAAACCCGUGGAUUCCAGAUAACUGGUCCUGGGGUGGAGUAGCUUCUGAGCACUGUCCUAUCCUUGCUGAGCUGUAUAUGGAGAAGGACUGGAGCAAGAAGGAAGUCCCCAGGAAUGGCAAUGGAGUCACCUUAGAGCGAAGUGAGGCCAACAUCAAGCACGAGCGAUGAUGACAUCACCGCUUUCACCCUCUGACUCAGGAGGGCAAAGGAAGGAGCUUGGCACUACAGGGUGAGAAGAUCUGGGGCCUUUGAGUCAUCAUUCUGAGGACCUUGGUCUGGUCCCUGGGCCACUGCCUACUUUGUGAACACUUUAGAACCUCUCCUGAGGGGAGCCUGUCAGGUGCUGGCUAUUUCAGGCACCAGGGCGAAGCUGGCUGGAACGGCAACGUCUUGAGGCUGGGCAGCUGAGUUCUGGCUUGGGGCGGGGGUGGCGCUGCCGGCUGCAUUGCAUGGGGGCAUGAGAACAGCAACGGAGGUGGAGUGGAGGCGGGGCGAUGGCUAUCAGUGCUGUCUCGCGGGGAUGCCAUGUUCUGCCUACCAGGUCCAGGAAGCUUUUAACUGUGAUGGAAGCACUUCUCAAAGAUUUUUAGUUUUGUUUUGAAAAAAAUAAUUAAUAAACAUUAUUCUGACUGGCUGCAGUAAGGGUAUGGGCUGGGUGCCUUGCUCUGUCACUUUAAUCCAUCCUCCCUGUGGGCCAUGGCUACCCACUCGCAAAUGCCUUCUUCUACCCUGUCCCUUUAUGUCCCUACCUGAGACCCUACUUUCACAUGCCAAUCAUCCUCAUUAUCUCCUCCCUCCCAGCUUCUCCUUCAUCUAUACUUCAUCAGAUUUCCUGGGAGGGCCACUUAGCUUUAGUGUGGGACAAGAAUCCUAUCAGAAACACCCAUUUCCUCCCACUUUCCACCGUGUCCUUAGUCAGAGCUUUUCCUCUGCUGAUUCUGACCCGACCUUUGUAUCAGCAGAUUCUGCACUACAGAGCCAGCAACCACAGAGGAAAACGUAUCUUUAAAUUGUGUCUGUGCUGAACAAAUACAGUUCCUUGUCAUCAUUCCCUAAAUGAUACAGCCUAACCAUUUUAUAGGAUUUACAUUGUCUUGGAGGUCUUCAUAUUGUUUGGAUGGUUUACCGUGUGAGAAGAUGUGAGAAGGCAAUAUGCAAAUACUGUACCCUGUGUAAGGGACUUGAGUAUCUUGGGACUUUGUGCUUGAGAAAAAAGAGGCUGGGAACCAGUUCCCUAUGGAUAUUAGGGAAUGAUUGCCGAUUGAGGGUGUGCAGGAGGCUAAACGAGAAUAAGGCAAGCAAGAAUAAGUGAACUUGUCUGAGGCCCGCUUAUUAAGUAUGUAUCUAAUUAUUCUUUAUCAAUAAAAACUUGGGGUUUUUAUUGGGGUAAGAAUCUGAAUGAUUAGAGGUGGCGGAGAACCAACCAAUGACCUUCUCUCUCUCCUGUUCCUUGAUUCCAAAAGGCCAAGGCUCUCUCUAAGUCCCGCCCUACCACUUCCUGUGUCUCUCUUUCCUCAGUCCUUUAAUGACUGAUUUUGGUCAGCUCGUUCCACUCUCUGAUACAGAGCAAACUUUAUUGCCAGUCUCAAAAGCAUCAGAAUGCAGUCAGAAUAUCACAUAACACCCUUCUCUGAGCCUGAGCCUGUUUGCCUUAGGCACAUCGUACAACAGUUACAGUGACUCCAGGGUUAUAUUGCC